UAUAUAUAUAUAAAGAGGGAGCUCGCAGCGUAGGUGAUACACACUCGUACAGCUGUGAACUCACGGAUGCAGUCCAUGCACCCAGAGCUCUCUCUGUCACGACCAGUGUCAUAUCUUAAACUGCACUUUGCAAUACCCACCCCUGCACAAAAUGCAGACCGGUGCAUCUGCCCUGCAACCUUGCUUUAAAGAACGGGAAUUAUUACAAAAGGCGGACUUCUUCGGGGUCGAGUGCUGUCCCGUGUACAUGUACAAAUCAAAGCUGGGUGCGAAGAAAGACAAGAGCAAGGAAGCCUAUAAAAUGCCACACAAGCUGAUCGAGAAGAAACGGCGUGACAGGAUUAACGAGUGCAUUUCACACCUCAAGGACCAAUUGCCCGAGCAUCUGAAACUGACGACACUUGGACACCUGGAGAAAGCGGUGAUCUUGGAAUUAACACUGAAGCACUUGAAGGCUUUAACUACGUUGACAGAACAACAACAUCAGAGGAUUAUUGCCUUGCAAAAUGGAGAAGCUCCACUGAAAGCAGGGGCACGGUCGGACUUGGACUUGUCCCGGCACGGACUGCAGACGUGUGCCCAGGAGCGUGUGCAUCAGCCGGGCAGACUGGAGAGCUGGAGUGGCGAGGAGCAGAUGGAUGGGCAGCUGAUGGGGCAGCGGGAGGGCAGGCAGCCGGCACGCGGGCGAGAGGGGCAAGCGGCGGCGGGUGAGGAGCGGACUGGCCGCCAGGAGAGUGGGCGCGGCGGCGGCGGCAGGAACCGGGUGCCCGUUAUCCGGCACACACAGGCCGCCGAGCCCAGCGGCAGCGACACGGACACGGACAGCGGUUACGGCGGAGACGGGGAGAGGAGCGAGGGCAACGAUGGCGGAGGCUUGGAAGCCGACCCGUUUAAGCUGGAGCCCGACGAGCCGCCGGCCAAGAGGGUGAAAGCGCCCGAGCCCAACCCUGCCCUCUCCACCCUGUCCCCGCUCACCCACACGCCCCCUUUCUGUUUGCCCCUCUACUUCGUCACCCCGCCCGCCACCUCCCCCUACUCGCCCACCCUGGACAAGAGCGGCCUGGAGAGGUACUGGUAUCCCGGCCACCUCCCGCUCUUCUACCCCCGCAUCCCAGCGUUGGCUCCCGAUCCCCGGCUCACACAAAUCCCAUCGGUGGACAUGGAUGCCAUGGUGGGACUCUGCUCACCGGGGGCACCAGCAAUGCCAGCUGUUGGCAUGCAGAGAGACACAAGUCCCAUCACAAGGCUACUACAGUCUAUAGGUGGAACAUCCACACCCUAUCACACCCUCCCUCAUAACCCCCCCUCACUCCUCCCCCUCUCUCGUGUACAAUGGAUCGACUGAAAGAUACAAGGAAUCUCUGCCGACUGAGUCCACUCUGAACUAAAAUAAACUCAACUAAAUAUGGAUGACUAGAGGUCACAGCCUCAGAAUUAAAGGACGUUCCUUCAGGAAGGAG